AUGGAGUAUAUUGCAGCCAGCAACACGCUGCAAUACCCCUCGUCAGGGAGAGCGAGGCAAUCUAGUAAAGUCGAUGUGAAAAAACCUAUGUCGUGGAUGGAACGAAUGCAGCCUUCGAAUUGGAGGAUUCCGUUGUGGGUUUUAUUAAUGUCAUGGAAGGCCGUCUUCACUGGCGCUUUAGCACUAGUCAUUGGUCUCCUAAUGAGAGAAGCUACAGCCGUUUCAGAAGAUUUAGGUUCUCAUCUCGCAGAUGCAGCAAUGAAAAGUGCCUACUUGUCAAUCGACGGCAUUAUGGGUAGUAUUGAGGACUCUAUGAUUACAAUGACUGAGAAUUCACUCGUGAAUUCACUGGUUAAUUUGGAUCCCAAUGUGCAAAACACAGGAAUCAGUUCCAUUGACAUGAGUACUCAUAAUGAUGUAUUGGGUGGGCCAUUAUAUUCAUCGUGCUAUCCAUAUUCGCAAUGUGCUGCAACAGGGCUAUCGAUUGGAGAUAUCUCGUUUAUGGGAUAUAAUCGAUUGGGGGCAGCGAUUAGCGCUCCUGAUAUAUUUUAUCUGCAAGACAACAGCACAUACUAUGACCCAGUUUCCCCUGGUCGCAAGUUGUACACGAGGGCCAUGAAUUCCAAUUACAAUGCGAUCAUCAACUCGUCAUUAUUUUUGCAGACCAAAAAACUAGAUGCAGUCUCAAAUACAUCUGCUGUAUUGCUCUCACAAGGGUGGUUGAACUUCAAGACUGUUCCGUUUUGGGGCUCGAAUGUAACGCCUAUACAGAAGACUUUUGCACCUGAUGCGGUUACCUUUACAAGUUAUCUAUUCUAUUAUCGGGUUGGCUGGUAUGGAUUGCCUUACAACCAAAGCAACAGUGGUCAUUGGAAUCACGCUGCAUGGAUGGCUAUAUCGGUACCAGGAUUCGAAUCCGAGCUAUCUGGAUUGAAUCCCUCAACCAAUGGACUGAUCUAUAUCAUGAAUUCUGAUGGACUCAUGAUUUCCUCAUCAACACCAAAUAUCAGUCAGAUUGGACUCACAGACGCCCAAUACUCAGCGUGCAGCAGUCCUAACGAUGUCGUUGCAUCAUCAUGCAAGUUCCUAGUUUCCACAUAUGGAAAUAUUUCAGCAAUCCCCAAUCUCUCACCUCCGUUAUUUGCAAACACUGCAUCGGGACAGCACUUAGUAUCUGCUAGAUGGAUGCUUAGGAGUAAUGUCGCAUGGGUAAUCGUAUCAUGCAUCCCAAGAUCCGACAUAUAUGCUGGAAUCGACGCAACAACAUCUUCCGUUAUAAUAGCUACCGUCAUGAUUGGAGUUGUGGGAGGGUGUGUCUCCGCGGCUCUCUUCACGUUUGCAAUUACCAAACCGUUAUUUACGUUAAAAAAAUUGAUGGAGGAUGCACGACACUUGGAUUUCAACCGUCUGUCAAAGACUCUAAUGCUUAAACAGAGCUUAGUUGCUGAGUUGGCGUCUAUGCAAGAAACAUUCUUCAUCAUGAUUCAAAGGUUCUCUGACGGACUAAUCCAACACGCCAGUCUCAUGGCUGGAUCGAGCGCUCAAUUACCACCACCGUCACCUAGAGCACCAAGUACACUCCGAUCAGAUUCCAGUUUGGCUUUACGUGAUGCGACGUUGGCAUUUGCACCGCAAAUAUCAGUGAUUGGCGGUACACCUACUGGACCUGUGUCAAGAUCACGACAGCACUCGCAAUUAAUGGAUCCAUCAAGGAUGCCGCAGUCGGUCAAAGAGGAGGAUUUAGGGAUGAUUAAAUCUGGCAUUAUUAUUUGA